UCAGUUCCCUCAUUUAUUGAUUCACACACUUUUGUUCAAAUGACUCCACCUCUUGUGAAAUGUUGUUUCUGAGGGCUUUGAGGAACUGUACUCUGCACAGCUACAGACGAAACGAUAAUGUGAAGAUAAGGUAGUAGCCUAUAUGUCAAGGGGAGUAUUCAGGUAGAAGUGUUUUGUGAGGAACAUUGACUUUUCAGGUCAUGUCACAUUUAUUCUGAAGGAUCCGGACCGGAAGUUGUUGUUGUUGGUGCCGCCGCAGCUCGUGAAACACGCGCGAGGGAAAUUGAGUCGCUAACGGUGAAGAUAAAGGGAGGUUUGUUGUUAAGUAUUCCUGUUAGCAGCCGGAAUGUCCCCUCCUCUAUAUGUCCGCUGGAGUCAUGAAGGGUCAACGAACAUAUCAGACAGCGAUUCAGAGGAAGAGCCAAAGCUUCCCCUCAAUCACUUCUAUCCAUAUAUCCGCUGUGCCCUUUGCUGCGGCUUCCUCAUCGAUGCCACCACCAUCACAGAGUGCCUGCACACAUUUUGCAAAAGCUGCAUCGUGAAGCACUUUUUCUACAGCAACAGGUGUCCCACAUGCAACAUUGUAGUCCACCAGACACAACCGCUUUACAACAUCAGGCCUGACAGACAACUGCAGGAUAUUGUUUACAAAAUGGUUCCCUUCCUGGAGGAGUUCGAAAGAGAACAAGUGUGCAACUUCUACAAAGACAGAGGGCUGGAGGUGCCAAAACCAGUGGUGGUCUCCCCUCCGUGUCCUGUUGUGUUAAAGAGGCAGAAAAAGGAAAACAUUCCCCCAUCUGUGUUCACCAUUCCUCCUGAGCUGGAUGUAUCUCUGCUGCUGGAGUUUGUUGGGGCUGAAGAGGGCAUCAACAAUUAUAAGCCAUUAGAGAGGCGGUACGUUCGCGUGUCGGGCGAGGCCACUGUCCGCCACGUGGAGCUGUUCAUCAGGAGGAAGAUGGAGCUGAGUUCAACAUGCCAGGUGGAUGUAGUCUGUGGAGAUCACCUCCUCGAUCACUUCCAGGCACUCAAAGACAUACAGAACUCUGUGGGUGAAGAGGCUCUACAGGACGGUCUAUUGGUGCUGCACUUUGGCCUCGUCCUGCCCUCCCAGUCUUGAGCACGAGCGGUGGAUGUAGUCAAUUCCUGACGGUAGAAAGUCCAAGAACAUGACACUUGAAUUUUAUUUAUUUAUUAACAUUCUGAAAUGAACAGAUGUAACAUUUGACUCUGGAACAUCAACCUUGCAUUAGAUUUACUGAAGUGCCAGCAUGCAAAAUGAAUUGUACCGGAUGAAUGGGACUGACACAUUCCUCGUCAUACUGCCAACAUGUCUUUUAGACAUUGUUCAGCGUGCUUCCUCUGCACGAGAAUGUGCCUGCUGCUGUAGCUGAAACUGGACUGACCCACUGUUAGUGGGUCUGAAACUAAACUGUCUGUGAAGGUAGUAAUAUGAUGUCUUGUCUGGAAAAACGGCAUCACCUUAGUUCACCUCUCUUUGGAAACCAGGUACUGGUAUCUCAAUUCUUCCUGUUUAUCUCUCAAGGGAAGAAUGGGAUUUCAGAUAAGUAGUUGUGAUUUAAAGGGCUUAAAUCAAAAGGGACGACAACUACCAAAACGUUUGUGUGUUAAACUCAUAUCUACACUAUAUGUUUUAAUUACAGCUUUCUUUGUGUUGAUUUACACAUUUAAUUUAAGAGCUUUUGUAUAGAUUAAUGCGUUUGUAUUGUCUUGAUGUUGCUUGUUAAAAAUACCUUUCCUACUUGCUUUUGUCAGAAUUAAUUAAUAAAUGAAUUCACGACUGAGAAGUGUUUCCCAAUUCA